UGUGUGUUUGUGGAUCACCCAACUUGAACCUAAUCCGGUCAAGACCUUUUGGAAGCGCCCCAACACCACGGCCCCUCUUACGCUCUCUUCUCGAGCUUUCGCGCGGAGGCUUUCUCAAGGCUCCCGCCAUCCUUUUCAAAUGCGGUAGAGUUACCGAUGGCCUCAGCCUCGGGUCCCUUCUUCUAUAGGUGCGAAAGCCCCUUAGCCUUAGUAGCAUCGUCUCUCCUCCAACGAUGCACUUCUCCAGACACCCUUCGGAAAGCUCGCCAGCUCCACGCCCUCAUCCUCAUUGUCAUACCACGAACCUCGGCCCCGUUCCUUCGCAACAACCUCCUUUCCCUCUACUCCAAGUGCGGCUCCCUCGGCGACGCACAAAAGGUCUUCGACACAAUGCCUACGAGAAAUCUCGUCUCCUACAACGCCAUGAUCUCUGCUUUUUCUAGAGCUCCUCGCCACGCGCACUCUGCUCUUCAGUUGUUCCAAAAGAUGGAUUUUGAGGGCCUCAAACCCAAUGCUUCCACUCUCUCUAGCCUCGUCCAAGCCUCGUCCUGCCUCCAGGACCCAUGGGCCGGUGUUGCCAUCCAUUCCCGGGUCGUAAGUUGUGGUUUUAUAAAUAACGUGUGUGUUCAAACUGCACUCCUUGGGAUGUAUUCCAAUCUUGGAAGUGUCGAAGCUGCUGACCAGGUCUUCAGGGAGAUGAGCGAGAGAGAUGUCAUCGCCUGGAACUCAAUAAUUCUCAGCAAUGUGAAGAAUGCUAGUAUCGAGAGAGGCUUGCAACUCUUCAGCUGCAUGUUGGAGACUGGGUUGGUGCCUAACAACAGCACAUUUUCCAUAGUUUUGAAUGCUUGCGGGAGAGCAGGGGAUCAAAUUAGAGGGCGAAUUAUCCAUGCCCAGAUGAUCAAGUCCGAAUUUUUACCAGACGUCCCAUCACAGAAUGCCCUGCUUGACAUGUACACCAGCUGCGGAGACAUAAUGACCGCACUAUCAGUUUUCGAGAGGAUCCAGAUACCUGACUUGGUCUCUUGGAAUUCACUGAUUGCCGGGUAUUCUGACAUCGGUGACGGAGAGAAAGCCAUGGAAACCUUUGCUCAAUUACGAAAUAUGUCUCUAUAUGGAGGGCCCAACCCAGAUGAGUACACAUUUGCAGCGGUUGUUUCUGCUACUGCUUCUCUACCCUUUAUAUAUUAUGGGAAACCUCUUCAUGGCCAAAUUAUAAAAGUAGGAUUGGAAUUUUGUAUAUUUGUAGGAAAUACGCUAAUUAAUAUGUAUUUUAUGAAUGAAGAGCCAGAUUCUUCUCGAAAGCUGUUUAAUUGCAUUUUGGAGAAAGAUGUCAUAAUCUGGACUGAAAUGAUUGUUGGUCAUUCAAGAUUUGGUGAGGGUGAGUUGGCCAUGAAGUACUUCUAUCAUAUGCUGGAAGAUGGGCAUAAAGUUGAUAGCUUUUCUCUUAGCAGCGCCUUGAACUCAUCAGCUGAUCUUGCAGCACUAAAACAAGGUGAAACAAUCCAUUCUCUCGUGGUGAAAGCAGGAUAUGAAUCAAAUAUGUGUGUCUGCGGGAGUCUAGUUGAUAUGUAUGCUAAAAAUGGUGACCUUGAAAGUGCUGUUUCAGUGUUCUAUAGAAUUCACAACCCAGACUUGAAGUGCUGGAAUUCGAUGAUUGGAGGAUAUGGCAACCAUGGAAAUGCUGAACAGGCCUUUAAGCUGUUCAACGAGAUGGUAAGGCGAGGGCUGGUGCCUGACCAUGUUACUUAUGUAUCUCUUCUUUCUGCAUGUAGCCACUGUGGUCUGGUUGAGAAAGGAAGGUUUUAUUGGUUUUGUAUGCUGAGUGAUGGUGUAAUGCCAGGACUAAAGCACUAUACUUGCAUGGUGAGUUUGUUAAGUCAUGCAGGACUAUUGCAGGAAGCAGAGGAGUUGAUCAUGAGAUCGCCUUUCAUUAACAAGUCCCCUGAGUUAUGGAGGAUUUUGUUGAGUUGGUGCAUUAUUUUCAGAAAUUUGGCUCUGGGUGUCCAUGCAGCAGAGCAAGUCUUAAUAUUGGAACCAGCUGAUUAUUCAACCCAUAUAUUGCUUUCAAAUCUUUAUGCUUCUGUAGGAAGGUGGGAUGCUGUGGCGGAGGUGAGGAAAAAGAUCAAAGGACUAAUGCUUGAGAAGGAACCAGGGUUAAGCUGGAUUGAGAUAAAAAAUAUGGUUCAUGUUUUUUCUGCUGAUGAUGAUUCCCAUGUACAUGUAGAAGAUUGCCGAAAUGAAUUACUAAGACUGCAGAGAAAUCUGAAAGGCUGGGAAACAUCUGAACUUCAUUUGCUUUGUAGUGUUUAAGUUGGUAGAACAGGUGCCUUCAAUGUGGCUUCAUUAAGGAGUUGGUUGACUAUUGUACAAGAAAAUGACAAUUGUUUGCCAUCAAACUUGGUAUUUGGACUGAA